UUUUUCCUAGUUUCACUUUGGUGGUUAAAUGCUAUCAAACUGUGAUGCGAUUACAAAAAAAGAAAAUAUGUGAAUGCUAGGUGUAAAUGGGGCCUAGGUAGUAGUGAUUUAAAAAAUCACAGAAGUGAUAAUGUUAUAUUGCACAUUGUUUACAUCACCUGAUGUUAACUUUUUGAAAUGCUUUUAGGAGAUUACAUGUCUGCAUGGCAAGGGAUGAAGAAGUCUUUGAUUUUUCAAACUUCAGAAUUGGAUUCAGAUGGUGAAGAGGAUAUAGGCAGGGUGAAAAGAGCAACUAAACCAAUGUAAGUUUGAUUUAACUUCACCUGUGUUUUGUUGAAUGUAUGAAACCUUUGUUUUGAGUAAUAUAUGCACAUUCAAUCUUCUGUAAACCGCCACUACUAUGGUGACACUGACUAUGAAAGUGAACAUGAAGACUUAGCUAAUAAAACAAAAGUUCCCUUGACAAGAUCUUCAAAACCUCAACAGUCAACUGGACCUCGCAUGUUAUCCCCACAUUCUGCACCUCAGGUACCAUCACCACCUUUACCAUCUGUGCCACCUUGUCUCUCACCACCACAUUCUUCGCUUCAGGUGCCACCUCCUUACCAGUCACUAUUGCUCUCUGAAAAUACAUCUCAACAAAUUUCCAGGAACCUUCCAAAAAUGCAAAAUACUUCUGAACUCUUCAGGCCUACUUACAGAGUGGGUCGAUGUGGAACAGAACCAAUACCUUGCACUGCUGCAGAUCUUCAUAUCCUCACAUUGCUUGAACAUGUGAAGCACCAGCUGUCACAAUUGGCUGUCAUGAUCAGUUCACUAUCUGGGCGGCUAAACAUUGAAAGCUCACCUGAUAUGCCUGAGGAGGUUGAGUUUCCUUUACAAUCAUUGGAGGAAGUGGAUGAUUUUGAAGCCUGGUUGAAACAACCAACCAAUGCUUUGAAGAAAAAGAACAUGAUUUCUGUACUGGCAUCUAUUGGAGGACAAGAUACCAAGUGUGUCACUUGGAAUAUUCUUUCACAUAUUUUUGGAGAUGAUGUUGCAAAAAAGAUAAACUGGAAGGGAGUGAAUGAAAAACGGGCCUUCAGUCAAAUGGCAACCAAAACUCUUAUUAUGCGUAAGUAUCAACAAAUCCAAUUAUAUGAAAUUAGUCUAAUUGUAUUAAGAUAUUACAUUUUAUGCCUUUGUUGGCUCAGUGGUAGUGCUGCUGCCUUGCAGUAAGGAGACCAGGGUUUGCCUCCUGGGUCCUCUCUGUGUGGAGUUUGCAUGUUCUUCCUGUGUCUACUCUGGUUUCCACCCACUGUC